AGAGUGGGAAAGAGACCAGAGGACUUUUAACAGUGGGGAACCUGUAGCUGUGCACUCUGGUCUCUGCGGGAAGAAGAAGGACAGAGGUGGUGAGGGUCUGGUGUCUAACCAGGGUCUUCUCUAAAGGAAGGAUCAGAAUGGUCUUGGCUCAGACCUUUUCCAUCUCCCUACUGAUGUGAGUGCCGAAAGCUGCAUCUCUCAGCCAGGCAGGUCCUCAGCACCCUGGCCUCCAGCCCUGCCUCAACCUCCUGCUUGACUCUGUGUCCCCGUUCAUGGCAAUGCCUCAGAAUUCAACUGGAGAAAAUGGCUUUUGUUUCACUCAGACACUUGACUUGUCCCAUUCACAUCCCGCCCCUGGUGAGGCUAGCCGGGCCUGUGGCACCCCACUGAGCAAUGGCACCGUGUCCUCUGGAGUGCCCAGCCCCUCCGACUCGUGUGCUGAACCCCUCUGCUCCACCACCCCUGGAGAGGAGGAGACCCAAUUCCAUGAAGGGAUUAAAUACGUGUCAACCGAAGGGGAGGAACUGGCAUGCGGCUGGGGGGGGUUCACCCCGGGGUGCUUACAGCUCUUCAACACAUCCAAAGGCGUCCUGUUCUUCCUCUGCGUGGCCUCCUUCCUGCAAGGCAUGACAGUGAACGGCUUCAUCAACACGGUCAUCACCUCCAUCGAGCGACGCUUCGACCUCCGCAGCUACCAGAGCGGUCUGAUCGCCAGCUCCUACGACAUCGCUGCAUGCGUCUGCUUGACCUUCGUCAGCUAUUUUGGGGGCAACGGCCACAAACCACGCUGGUUGGGCUGGGGGGUGCUGGUCAUGGGCUUGGGCUCCCUGCUCUUCGCCUUGCCCCACUUCACCACGGGACCGUAUGAAGCACGUUCGGCGGCGGAGGUGGGCAUCUGCGGGGGGAACCAAAGCCUGCCCUGUGCCCAGGCUGCCUCCAGCCUCUCCAGCUACAGGUUCAUGUUCAUGCUGGGACAGUUCCUGCAUGGGAUGGGAGCCACGCCGCUCUACACGCUCGGUGUCACCUAUUUAGAUGAAAACGUCAAGACUAACUACUCCCCUGUGUACAUUGCUGUUUUCUACACUGCUGCAAUCCUUGGGCCUGCAGCGGGUUAUCUGGUAGGAGGAAUGUUUCUAAAUAUUUAUACUGAAAUUGGCAGAGAAAUUGACAUCACCCCGGAGAACACGCUGUGGGUGGGGGCAUGGUGGAUCGGCUUCCUUGGGGCUGGAGCAGCCUCCCUCCUCAUCUCUAUCCCCAUCCUGGGCUAUCCCCACCGCCUCCCAGGAUCCCAGCGCUAUAUUGUUAUGAGGGUGUCAGAGGCUCAUCAGCUAAAGGAUGGGAGCCACAAAAAAGCAUCGGAUCCAGACUUUGGGAAAACAGUUAAAGAUCUGCCUCGAUCAGUGCUGCUGCUUCUGAAGAACCCCACCUUCAUCUUCCUCUGCUUAGCAGGAGCUACUGAAGCCACCCUCAUUGCUGGGAUGUCCACAUUUGGACCCAAGUUCCUGGAGUCUCAGUUUAGUUUAAGUGCCUCUGAAGCUGCUACCUUUUUUGGUUAUCUGGUCGUGCCAGCCGGAGGGGGAGGCACAUUCCUGGGAGGAUUCCUUGUGAAUAAGUUCAAACUCCGCUGUUCAGGAAUCAUCAAGUUGUGUUUACUUUGCACGGUGUCAAGUCUCCUGGCUAUAUUCAUUUUCUUUAUUCACUGCCCGAACAUGCCAAUGGCAGGAAUAACCCAGACAUACGAGGGAAGUGCUUUGCCCAAUGGCCACCUAAACCUGACAGCAACCUGCAAUGCUGACUGUGGCUGUCUAGAGGAGACCUACAGCCCUGUCUGUGGGAGCGAUGACAUUAUGUAUUACUCUCCCUGCCAUGCUGGGUGCAAAGAAGUGUCCAAAAACCUCAGGAAUGGCAAGAAGGUCUAUCACGAGUGUAGCUGCAUUGACAAAACCCUCCUGCCCGGCCCUGGCGAUGCAGAGGCAGGGAAAUGUGCCUCCUCUUGUGCGAAAAGGCCCCUGCUGCUGCUGUUCAUGUUCAUGGUGAUCCUCUUCACCUUCCUGAGCAGCAUUCCUGCCCUGACAGCCACUCUGCGGUGUGUCUCUGACAGGCAAAGAUCAUUUGCACUUGGGAUCCAGUGGAUCGUAGUACGAACGCUAGGAGGCAUCCCUGGCCCCAUUGCCUUUGGGUCCAUGAUCGAUAAAUCCUGCCUGCUCUGGCAGGACCAGUGUGGUGAGCAAGGGUCUUGCUACGUUUACCAGAACUCAGCCAUGAGCCGAUACACCCUCAUCGCUGGACUGGUCUACAAGGUGCUUGGGACAACCUUCUUCCUAGUUGCCUGUUUACUCUACAAACCUCCCCAACCAGAGUCAGCUCCAGGCAGCUCGGAUGCAUCUGAACAUGGGAACCACCAGGAGCACAAACCCUCGCUGCCGGCUGGAGAGGAUAUAUAGCACUGUACACAUGCAAGUGACUUUCUCAGACUCGGAAGUACAAUGAGAAGGAUGCUAUGCUGUCCCUAGAGGGGUUUAAAUAGUAAUCUUAUCACUUUUUUUUUAGCUCAAGAUAAAUAAUUUAAUCAACCACUGGUGUGCUUGCUAUUUUCUUAACAGCAGAAGCACAUUUAAAGCUGUGUGCUGAUGCCAUAUGCAGUUAUUUAAUUUUAUUUAAAUCAAGGGCUACCGUAGCUUUAUUUUAUGUCUGUGACAAGCCAGGACCACAUUCUCCACUCGUGGAAAUAAGCACCAGUAACUCCAAUGGAGCAUGUGGGGUUUAAACCACUGGAGGGUCUGGGCUGUAACAUCUCAAUUGUAAAGCCAACUGUAGCAAAACUUCUAUGGAGACCUCCCAAGCCUGCGAAGAGCCCUGGUGUCCUGUAGUCUGCGUUGCAGCAGGGACAACUUGGCCCUUAAACUACUGUAUGCGAAGCAGACUGCCCUGACAGUGUCCUCCUCCUUCCUGUGACACACAGCAUCGCUCCUCUCGUUCAGGAGCAGGAUAUCUACUUAUGCAAACUCAGAUGAAUGCGUGAUGGAGAUGGGUUUGAGGGGGGACAUCACUAACUGGUUCCUCAGUACACUACAGGCAGCCAUCCACAGGAGCUGCCGAGCACUGUACGUUCACUGCCUCGUUUCACUGCAGGGUUCACACCAUGGUGACCCUUCUUUUCCCCUUGCUUUGUUUAAAGGUGAUGCCUUUUGUAAUGUACUGUGCGAAACUUGAACUUACUUCUUGCUGUUUGUUGGGUGCGGGAAGACACGAGACACAGAUCUAUGCAAUGCUCCUCUUGGUUUGCUCUGUUAAGACAUUGGGUUUGGGUAGAUGGGAAAGGGCAGAAUGAACUUAAUUCAUCUGUAGACCAUUAGCUUAAGGGGUAGCUUGCCCUAACCAAGGAUUGCCUCGUGGAAAGGGGAUGCUGACUUGUUACAGGCUCUGUUUGCAAGUAGAGAGGGCAGCAUUCCCUUUGAAUGUGUGCUUGUAAUAUUGACCUUUCUGAGGGGGAAAAGUGGAAUUUGGGUGGCUGUAUGUCUGGCUUCCUUCUCAACCUAGAUCAGGCGAGGUUAGUGCUUAGUCUGCCUGUAUUUGCACAGCCACACAAUCCAGGUACAGCUCUGGGGGAGAGCUGUGGCCAGCCCCUGGAGACCUACGCUGUAUAAACCACGUUCACGGGGACCAGACCUACGUUACUGAGCUGCGCAACUGGUGCUGCUGUUGUGCCAGCUGCUACUUCGGAUUCCCUUGUAGAUGUUUUUGUCUAUUUUGUGUAUUUAUGCUUUCCUAAAUUUGUUUCCUUUGUUAGAUAAAGGACCAACUAUCAGAGCGGUAGUGAAGCCAUUCCUGUUGCAGACAGGCAUGGCAGCGAUGGGAGCGUGGUCGAGCCAAGAAAGCAGGUUCUUCCAUUCACAGAUCCCUUUCCACCAAACCCAGGUAGUGACCUUCCUGCUUCCAAAGCCCUUGUUUUCCAGCCCCUGGGAAAAACUUGAGCAUCUCCAGGAACUGCUGGAAAACUAGAAGGUGAGAUGGAGGAUGGCUUUUGGGGCUUGAAACCAGGCAGCUGGUGCAGCUUUGAUGGGGCACAGGGUGCAGGAAAGCCCUGUUUUCCUAGGAGACAGGCUUAGGCCCACUGAUGCAGGACUUAACUCCAACACCGCCCAAAAACCAAAGGCUUCUUCACAACCUCACCUGCAAACACCAGCCUGUGCUCAGUCUUUGCCCAGCAAUUGCCCUUACCAGGUUGUAGACACUUUGGGUACAAGCCAGGGAUCUUAGAUGGGGAAGAUGCGUGAAUGUAUUUUGGGAGCAGAUUUUAUGUGUGACGUGUUUAUGGAAGGUAGAAGUUUUUCUUAAUAUAUAUCUAGAUGGAUACUGCAAUGUAAUUGUAGUGUUUAUAAAAUGAGCUUUAUCCAAGUGUGUUGUUUCCAGAGCAAAACAAAAGCUUGUGGGGUUCUGGGCAUUUGUGAUGUUGCUGUGGGACUGGUAAGUCAUGGACCUGAGUAAGCAGCAACAACAGGUUAUGUUAGGUGUACAGGUAACUUAAAAUGUUUGAAAGUAUGCUUCCCGGUCUCAUAUGAAGUAUUAUAUUGCUAUCAAAGCAUAGAAAUAUAAUCAGUGUUUCA